AUGAAGAUUCUUUUACUUUUACUCGCCUUGAUAGUCAAAAGUAGUCAGCUAACGGUGGAUGAGUGUGGAGCAGAAGCAAGAAGGCCACGGGCUGAUGACAUUACAGUGCAGUGUGGUACUUCAUCCAUUAGUCUGGCGAUCCAAGUCUGCCCAGUCAUCUACACUGGCUACAACGACACUCUACUGAUCCUGAACUCAAUGUUGGACACCACCUGUAGAGCAACCCUCGAUGAAUCUGUGAGUCCACCUGUUGCCCGCUUCAACUUCCCCUUAAACAUGACCAACGCCUGUGGAAGUGUAUUCCGGACCACCAGUUCUGCUGGAACAGGUAUAUUCUCCGACUUCUCCAACAUCCAGACGGUUAACAUCAGCGGCAUAGUUCGGUCCGUUGAUCUAACAACUGGCACAGUCACCUACAAUGCUGAGCUUAAGUACUACUACUCCUGCGCCUAUCCCUUAGAAUAUCUGAUCAACAACACCCAGAUCGAUGUGUCCUCCUCCUCCAUUGCUAUCAAGGACAACAAUGGAAGUUUCAUCAGCACCCUGAGCAUGAAGCUGUUCCGUGAUUCCGAAUUCGAAAUACCCAUGGUCAUUCCACAGCUGGGCAUCGAAUUGAGGACCAAGGUGUAUGUUGAGGUCAAGGCGACUAACUUGACAGGCCAGUACCAUAUCUUGCUUGACCGGUGCUACGCCACCAUCUCACCACUGCCUUCUAACAACACCUUCUUCAACCUGCUCGUCCCUUGCUCCAAGGAUCAGUUCACCACCAUUAUUGAGAACGGUGACAGCCAGAGCUCCCGCUUCUACUUCCCAGCCUUCCGCUUCAUCGAGCAGCAGGACCAGACCGUGUCCACCUACCACCUUCACUGCGUCACCCGACUGUGUGAGAAGAGCACCUGCAGCGCAUUCAAGCAAUGCAGCAGCCGGAGGAGGAAAAGGAACACCGUGGACACAACUGCAGAGGGUAUUGACCAAACUUACACUGUCACCUCUGGAGUGAUCAUCACCAAAGCUGACACUGGCGAGUCCAAAGAGAAGCCCCUUGCUGCUGAAGAAAAAGAUGAAUCUACUGUAGGGCUUGGGGUGACUGUUGGCUUUCUCACUGUUGCUUGCCUUAUUGCCCUUGUUUUUGCAGCCGUGUUUUACAAACGGCUCAAGAUCUAA